GGGCCGAACAAAUCCCCGCCACUCAUUUGCGGCUUGCUUGGGAAAUGUAAAGAAAAGGUUCGCAGCCGAUAUUUUUGCUGACGAGAAGAAGCACCCUGACGCUUUAUUCCAAACAUUUGGAUUCGGGUUUCUUGAUUAUCUCGUAUUCCCUUCUUCUGUAGCCUUCUCCCCCUUCUUUGGUUGUUUGCUAUGAGAGAGGCCUUAGGAGAAUGAUAAAGGGAUUUGAUUUCAGGGCAUGAUGAGUGUUCUAUUACAACAUCCUCAAAAUUUGUUGCUUCAGGGUCAUGAGAGUUUCUUGAAGACCAGACUAACUAAGGUGCAGGGUUUGGGAUCUUCAGGUGUAGAGUUUCCGUCCAGAGGAACACCUACUCAAACCAGACUGUCAUUCAAGUUGCGUGGAAGAAAUUCACGAGAACGGCUAGUUUCUGUACAUGUAGUUCCUGAUGAUGCAGAAGGUAACAGCUUAGAUGAUGAAAGUCUAGAUGAAGAGGAAACAUCGCCUAAUGAAUGUAAGGAGGUACCAGGUGGUUUAUCACGUGAGGACUUGGAAAGGAUUGUUGGGCAAGAUGAAUCUGCAUUUAGUGGAGUAGAUCUUGCAAGGCUUAUCAGGAAUAAAUAUGGAAGAUCUUAUGAUGUUCAACUUAUAAAGAAGGAAUUCAUGGGGAGAAACCUACUUGCAAUGAAUGUCAUGUGGAAGUACAUGGAGCAGAGAUCCUUUCCGUUAACUGAAGAGGAGUACAUACUGAGGCUUGAUGAUAUAGCGAAUACUCUAAAAUGCUGGGGUGCUGUCUCACAUAUCCGAAAUAGUCUCGCCAAAUUGAAAGAACGACCCCGAAUAGGAAAAGCGGUUAGCAUUUUCAUAGAUAUGGAUGAGAGUGGAGGGCGGUCCAAUGAGUGGAUUUACAAAUAGUUAUAAGAAUUCAUUAUUCUGAUACCAUUGGGGCAAUUCUCCCACGAGUGCAGUAUGUUUAUACAUAUAUGUAUAUAUUGAUCCUCCGGAUGUUCAUCAUUUCAACAAUUGUAUGACGAUUUCCUAUUCCCUGCAAGGCCGCAUACAAGAAACUCUCGUUUAAAUGCUUCUCAUAUUCAUCAAUAAUAAUUCAGUAUAUUGGAGAUUGAUCAACUGAUUUUAUGAUUAA